UGUGCGCUCCUGACUCAGAGGAAGCAGCGCCUGUCUGGAAUAACUUCGGCCUCGUCUGGCACAGCAACUGAUUGUGAGUCCGUGUGCGCGGUUUACUAAACUGAGGAAAACGAAUUCUUGCGACCUCAAAAUCUGAAAAUAACUUCCUUAUCUGACCCUGACAAGUUUGAAAGUGACGCACUUGAUGGCGCAUGCGCAGCAGACUAGCUAGUAGCCGCAGUAACAGCAGCAAUGGCAGACGAGAAACCCAAGGAGGGAGUUAAGACGGAGAACAAUGAGCACAUCAACCUGAAGGUGGCGGGCCAGGAUGGCUCUGUGGUGCAGUUCAAAAUCAAAAGGCACACUCCUCUUAGCAAACUGAUGAAGGCUUAUUGUGAACGACAAGGACUGUCCAUGAGGCAAAUAAGAUUUCGGUUUGAUGGUCAGCCUAUCAAUGAAACGGACACGCCUUCACAGUUAGAAAUGGAGGAUGAAGAUACGAUUGAUGUUUUCCAACAGCAGACCGGAGGCACGUCUCUAUAAGACUGUUGGCUAUGGACAGCCCUACCUCUCUCUAGUCCCUGAACACCUUUGUUUUACCUGUCUUCAAAUGUUCUCGGCUGGUGUUGAUCCCACCCAGUGGAAUAGUAGUGCAGCAGCAGAGCAGUGUGUACUCGUCUCACCGACAUUCAGACAUUAACUUGUCGGUGCAGGAAGCUGUUUAAGCUGCAGUGACUCAUUUGUGCUGAAGAUAUUAAACAAUGUCACAGUUAUUCCCUUUUUUUCCAAGAGUAAGAAAAAAGUUCAGUUGUUUUUAUACACUGUCAGGUUUGGAUUCUGAAUUUUGUCAUUGAGCCCUUGUUUCAAAUUUACUGACAUCAGUUGUUGUUGUUUAAAAUGUAUUAUUGGAAUAAAUUGACAUUUUUUAAACA